AUGAAUGAGCUUAGUACCAUUUCGUUUGAAGAGGUCGAUGAUAGUUGUUUGUUAAAAAUCACCUAUGUACAAUUGAUUGAUAUUUAUGCUCCAAAAUUUCGACAUUUUUUGUUACGUUUAUUUGAUAGUAUUGAAUAUAUUGUCGAACGAGAAUUGAAUGACUUCAAAAAACUUGAUUUUAAAUAUCGGUCAAUGGUUCGUCAAUGUCAAAUAUACGCUAAGCGGCAUAGUGAAUUAAAACAAAGUGAAGAAGCAGCAUCACUAACCAAGAUGUCGUCAUCAUUAUCGUAUCCAUCCAUUUCAAAAAGUAUCGACAACUUUGAUACUGGGUAUAUAGUUCAAAAAAUGUACAAUUUUUAUUUUAAAAUAAAAAAUGAUGAACAACAUGGAGGUAUAACAAAAUAUGUUACUCAUUUUUCACUAUUUGUGAAUAAUAAGACGUUCAUUUUAUUAGAAGAUCGGUCACUUUUACUAUUGUCUAAAAACUUCGCAAGAUCAAUCGAUAAAUUGAAUUAUGGACGAGUGAAACCCCAACAUAGUAUUAAAUUAUUUGAUAGAAUGACAAAACAGUUAACAAAAAUGACGUUAUAUGAUCAUAUGACAAAUGAGAAGACAGAUUUAUAA